ACCGGACUGUUUGAUGCACCUGAUUGGUCAGUAAGUCGGGGGAAGCGGUGUGCAGACGCCUGGGUUGUCUCUUAAGUAAUGGACACAUGGAUCUAGCAGCCGUUUAGUGAGUUUAUUCUAUUUAUUUGAGAAUGAAAUGAUGUAGAAAGAGAGACAGAUGACUGAAGAAGAAGAAGGGAGGUGAGACUGAGACAUGUCUCCUGCUGAGAGGCUGAAGGUGCUCCUCUUCUUGGCUUUCUUCUUUGGAGCAGUGGGGGUUCUGUUCUCUCUGCUCUCCUGUGGGACGGAGUACUGGCUGCUGGCUGCCGAGUCCUGCAGCCGGACAGAAGACGGAGGAAGAGGCCUGAGAGAGGGGCAGAGCGGCACCAAGGCUAUAGACGGCGUGAGGAUCUUCCACGAGGGUCUGUUUUGGCGGUGCUCGUUCAUGACCCCCUCUAAUGAACGCUCUAUAUGGGACUUUUGGAUCUCCAAUCAGCCACCAUCAAAGGUCUGCCAUGCCGCCUUCCUCUUUCCGUUUCCUGUUCAUGAGCCAGUGCACGGUUUCCCCGCAGAACCGUAUGAACACCACUCUGCCAUUGUUUUUCGGACCUUCUGGAGCAUCUUCCUCGUCGCAGGCUUGGCAGCUGUCGUCAUUGGCGGAUUUGUUGCCAUCUGUGCCGGCCCACUGACCAAUCACAGACUCCAUAAAGUGGGUGGGGCUCUUCUUCUCUGUGGAGGCCUGUGUCAGCUGGCAGUGCUGGGGAUGUAUCUGACGUGGGUCCAGGUCCUGGACACUCUGGAGCAGUUCGCCCUCCAUCAGAGAGCCUCCGCUUGCCCCUCCUUCCACCUCAGCAUCCAGCACGGUCCUUCAUUCCUCCUCGCUCCAGUCGCUGUCUCCUUCUGCCUGCUGGCCGGCCUGCUCUUCAUCCUGGUGGGCCGGAUCAUCCAGGGGACACGGGGCGUUAAAGGAAACAGGAUUCCUGAACCUGCAGCAUCUGUGGUUCCCUCCCUGACUAUGGAGGAUGCAGUGUGAUCAAGUGCUGUGAUUGGAAGUGCAUGCAUCGCACAAAUAAGUGGAACAACAGCUGUAAAAAC